CUGCACUGUACUCAUACAAGUAGUCACAACACAGUUCCUAUUGGCAGACUGUUCAUGAGCAUAAACUGCUAGCCAAUCACAGUGCAGGAGGAGGGCGUUUGUCUGAAUACAGGUGGGAAAACAAAACUACAGCGUGGUGAGAGCGCACGAGCACACGCGGAGAUGUGCUCCUCCCGGCGCUGUGAGGGCAUGGCUCUCCCAAGUGGAGGGAGAUGGACAGUGCAGAGCCUCCUCCUCCUCCUCCUCCUCCUCUGUCUUAUGCACCGUGACCUUCCAGAAGUCAGACUCCAGCUGAAGGAGCGAGUAACUGAAGCGUCGUCAAAAGGAGCAGCGGACAGAGCCUCUCUCAGGUCACUCCUGUUGGGCGGGAGGCCUCUAUGACGGAGCUGUGCUGGAUGUGUGGAUUCGGGAAACAAACAAGGUGAAGGAAUAAAGCUCUAUUUUUAUUUCUAAAAUGUCUUCGAAGCCGAUGGACUCUCCUCAGAAGGAGCUGGUCGUGGUUACAGGAUUUGGUCCAUUUCGACAGUAUUUGGUGAAUGCAAGCUGGGAAGCAGCUAAGGUAUCAGAUAAAGGCUGAACAUUGUUUCUAUGUAAUGGUACUGUAGAGAUUCCUGUGAGUUACUCAAAAGCUCAGCAAGCCAUCGCUGAAAUAUGGCAGAAUAUGAAACCAAAGGUUGCUGUCCACUUGGGCAUAGCAGCAGGAGCCAAAUGCAUCAUUCUGGAGCAGACAGCCAAGAACCAUGGCUACAAAGACAGAGAUGUGUGUGGCUUCUGUCCUGCCAAUAACUGUUGCAUUGAAGAAGGAGUGGAACGGUUGGACUCCAUUAUAUGCAUGAGGUCCCUUGCCAAACACUUAAAAGGGCUCGGUCUGGAUGUCAUCUAUUCCAGGGACGCUGGGAGGUACCUGUGUGAUUUUGUAUAUUACUGCUCUCUUCAAUACGGGCAGAGAAGGGCAGCACUCAUCCACGUGCCCGUCUCAGGCAGCCUGACACACCCAGAGACGCUGGUGCCACAGCUCCAGGCCAUCAUCCAGGCCCUGUUAUGCCAGCUGGACGCACAUAGCAUCAGCAUGCAAAACCAAACAAGGCCACAAGAAGAAGAAUGCACCGAAAGACAUAACCAACAUAAUGAUGUCCAGCAGGCGUCUUCAAAAACAAUGAGGCCUAGAGUGUUAACCAGUUAAAACAUCUGAAUAUAUUCACAAAGAUGCAAUAAGCAAAGCUCAACACAGGCCUUCAGUCUCAUUCACUUUUUUAAUUCAAAAAAUUUAAGAAAAAAAAAAGAAAAUACAUGAAAAUUCUUCAGAUACACAUUAAGUCAAUGGCAUGUAAAAAGUAUACCAUCUGAACUAGAGGUGAGGAGAAAAUAAAAUAAAACGAGGAGGCCUCAGAUACAUAAUUUACGAGAAGACAAGAGUACCAGCCAAGCCAUUUUACCAAAUCAGUUUCUACCAAUCAAUUCAUUGACACAGAUAUAUUUCUUUUUGCGAAAGGAAAAAUGAAAA